AUGCAUGAGAGUGAUACGGAGGAGGCUUUGGUCUCGUCCCCUGGAUCUACUCCACCUGUGCACGAGCGCAAUACCUCUGUGGCUCUCACAUCUACUGAAGCUCCGCCCACUCAAGCCCCGCCCCAAAGCUCACCUGGAGACCUAAUGAUCUCCAUCAGAACUAAACUUCCAAAUGAACUUUAUAAAGUCCACUUUCCGUCCUGGGCUUCAGUGGCCCUGGGCUUGGUCCUGAUCCUCCUCGCCCUCAGCUGCUGCUUCUGCGUCUGCAGGAAGUUUGUAUUUAAAAGAAAGAAGGAGGAAGUGGGGAAAGAGAAGAGCAGGAAGGACAGCAUCGGCAUGUCGGCUGUGGGAGACGAAGGGCUCGCUCAGAUCGUGCAUCACGACUCCAAACCUCAGGAGAAACAGACGGAGUGUAAAGAAGACCUGAAGCUGGGGAAACUGCAGUUUAGUCUGGACUACGACUUCACCGAGAGCGCGCUGAUUGUAGGAGUGAUUCAGGCAGAAGAUCUGGCCGCCAUGGACAUGAGCGGGACUUCAGAUCCAUACGUGAAGAUCUGUCUCCUCCCAGACAAGAAGAAGAAGUUCGAGACUAAAAUCCACAGAAAUACUCUCAACCCCAGUUUCAACCAGAGCUUCAGUUUUAAGGUUUCGUACUCGGAGCUCGGAGGAAAGACUCUGCUCAUGACCGUCUACGACUUUGAUCGUUUCUCCAAACACGACGCCAUCGGAGCUGUAAGAGUGCAGAUGAACCUCGUCGAUUUCAGUCACGUGACCGAGGAAUGGCGGGAACUGCAGAAGGCAGAACAUGAGGAGCAGGAGAAGUUGGGGGACGUCUGUCUGUCCCUGCGCUACGUCCCCACUGCCGGGAAACUCACCAUCGUCAUCCUGGAGGCCAAAAACCUCAAGAAAAUGGACGUAGGUGGUCUCUCAGAUCCUUACGUGAAGAUCCACCUGAUGCAGAACGGGAAAAGACUGAAGAAGAAGAAAACGACGAUAAAGAAAAACACCUUAAACCCGUAUUACAACGAAUCGUUCAGCUUCGAGGUUUCAUCUGAACACAUUCAGAUGGUUCAGAUUAUAGUGACUGUCCUGGACUACGAUAAGAUCGGUAAAAACGACACCAUCGGCAAGAUCCUGGUGGGAAUGAACAGCUCUGGGACGGAGCAGCGGCACUGGGAGGACAUGCUGGCCAGUCCACGGAGACCCAUCGCCCAGUGGCACACUCUGAAACCCGAGGAAGACGUGGACACAGAGCUCAAAAAGAAAUGA